AGGAGGAGAGAAUCGUUUCUAUUAUGUACGUAUUCAAUUUUAUACAGGUUUAGGUGCAAGACCUAAGCAAACCAAAACAAUUGAAAUUCAACGUCUUAUCGACAAUCUUGGAAAACGAUAUUAUGAUGGUGUUAUAAAUGCUAUGGAAUACUUAUUUACUGAAAUUUUUCAAAAGUUGCUUGCGCUUGUGAAAAGUUUUGCUCAAGUUUUGGCUGUUCAGCAGCGAAAAUCGCAGGUCUCUAUCUCAUUUCUAUCAAAAGUUAUUCAAAAAAUGCCCACCAGUCCAGUAUUUUGGGAUGGAUAG